AUGCCCGAAAACACCACCCUCGUGGUGAUAACCACAUCUGUCGUUGCCCUCCUGACCGGCUUUCUGCUGGGAAUUUACAGCAUCCAGGGCUACAUACUCACCCCGGAGUUUGCCAAGCAGGCGCGCGCCAACUACGAAGACCCCGUCGACAGCGACGAGACCGACAUCGACGAGGAUGAUACCCAUCUGGACCAUGCGCCCAAUUGGGCCAACGGCGAGGAGGCGGACCGGAAGCAAGGACUCCGACUCCUCGAGAAGGAUAAGAAGACCAACAGCAAGAAUUCAAAGCCAGAGCCCGUGUCGUCAGUCGAGGAUACCGGGGAGGAGUGCAAGCUGAUCCUGGUCGUCAGGACAGAUCUGGGCAUGACCAAGGGCAAGAUCGCGGCGCAGUGCGGCCACGCGACCCUCGCGUGCUUCAAGUCCAUCUCCAAGGCGGCGCGCGCCGCCGGGCCCGGCAGCCCCGCGGCCAGGCUGCUGCAGCGCUGGGAGCGCCACGGGCAGGCCAAGGUCGCCCUGCAGACCAAGAGCGCCGACGAGCUGCACGAGCUGCUGGCCAAGGCCCGCUCGCUCGGCAUCACCGCCGAGGUCAUCGCCGACGCCGGCCGCACCCAGAUCGACCCGGGCAGCCUGACCGUCCUCGGCGUCGGGCCCGCCCCCAAGAGCGCGGUGGACCAGGUCACGGGGCACCUGAAGCUGCUGUGA